AUGUCCGACGCGCAGCACGCCGGCUGCGGGGAGGUCCGCAUCACCGCGGACGAGGAGGGUCCGGACUGGGAUGAGGUCCCCCCCGCGGGGACGGACUCCCACCUGCAGGCCGCCGCGCACUUCCCGCCGCGGGACAAGCUGAGCGAGAACACGCGCCUGGCGACGCGCUACGCGGUGCGGAUCUUCCGCGACUACCUGGGCGAGAAGUCCCACAGUCCGGACUUUGAGCGUCUCCCCGCGGCGGAGCUGGGCGCGCGCCUGCGCUCCUUCUACGCGGAGGCGCGCGCCAAGAGCGGCCACCUGUACAGCAAGUCGUCCCUCGUCAGCAUCCGUAGCUCGCUCAACCGCCACCUCAACGAGCCGCCCUUCUGCCGCACCCUGGACCUCACCAAGGACCCGGAGCUGCGCGGCGCCAACCUCGCCCUGGCGGCGGUCAUCCGGCGUCUGGAGGCGCAGGGGGCGGGGCCGGUGGUCCAGAAGCAGGCCAUCGCGCGCGCGGACCUGCGCAGACUGUACGCGUCGUCCAUGUUCGACGCGGACACGCCGCUGGGACUCCUCAACAAGGUCUGGUUCGAGACCUGCAUGUACUUCUGCACCCGCGGCCGGGAGAACCAGCGCGAGCUGCGGGAGGACUCCUUCGGCCUGGCCGUGGACCGGGACGGGCGGAAGUUCGUCUACUUCAAGGCCCCGGGGCCCCGCCCCCCGAGGAGGAAGCCGGAGGCGCGCGAUGACGUCACCCUGCCGCGGAUGUACGAGACGCGCACGCCGCGGUGUCCGUACGCCAGCUUCCGCCGCUACCUGGCCAAGCGCCACCCGCUCUGCCGCGCCUUCUUCCAGCGGCCGCGGGAGCGCUGCGGCGGCGCGGAGGUCACGUGGUUCGAGAACAAGGCCAUCGGCAAGAACCUGCUGGGCACGCGCAUGCAGAUGCUGUCGCGCGCCGCCGGGCUCUCCAAGACCUACACCAACCACUGCAUCGGCGCCGUCGCCAUAGCGACGCUGGACGGCGUCGUGGGCGCCGCCGCCGCCGCGGAGACGCGCCUCGCCGCCUCCCACCCGGAAAAACAGGACGAUGACGGCAGUGGGACGGCGCUGGACUCUCCCGGCGUGCCGUCCGCCGCCCAGCUCAGCAGAGGCAACGCGGCGGUCCACAUGGACGUGGGAGGUCACAUGUACACCAGCAGCCUGGCCACGCUGGGCAGGUACCCCGAGUCACGUUGGUCCCGGGUGGCGCGCGGCGGCGGCAGUAUCGGACGCCUGUUCGACGGCAGCGAGCCCGUGGUGCUGGACCGUCUCAAGCGCCGCUACUUCAUCGACCGCGACGGCGCCAUGUUCCGCCACGUCCUCAACUUCCUGCGCACCUCCAAGCUCCUCCUCCCGGAUGACUUCAAGGAGUACUCUCUGCUGUACGAGGAGGCCUCCUUCUUCCAGCUGGCGCCCUUGCAGGCACAACUGCGGCGCUGGCGGGCGGAGCGCGAGCGUGACAAGGUGGCGGCGGCGCGGGAGUGCGUGGUGGUCCGCGUGGCUCAAGACCUGGCUGAGAGGAUCGGCGUGAGCGGCCGCCGUGCCGCCAUCCAGGAGGUCUUCCCGGAGGUGACGGAGGCCUUGUGCCCUUCACCCGACGACUCCACCCACGUCACGCACUUUCACCUCAGUGACUACUGCAGCCUCAACUCUGUCCAGGUGUUGCAGCGACUGCAGCAGAGCAGCUUCUACAUCACAUGUAGUUCAUGCGGUGGCGGUGCAGACUGCCCCUCCCACUUCAGCGAGUACGUGCUGCAGAGGGCGGGGCUCAGUGGCCGGGGCUCCUCCCCCGGACGAGUCAAACAGGAAGUGCUGGACUGCGCCUGACAGGAAGUGAGGUGAUGUCAUUGUGUUUGAGUCACCUCCGCCACAAAAUGUUGUCAAUACUUUGGACAACAAACCUGCACAGAAGACAACAGAAUGCUUGUGGACAUUUUUUAAUGUGGCGGUCAAACAAUUAAAGCCAUUUUGUGAACCAAAUGAAAAGAAGAAGUCAGGUAUUUACAAAAGGUGUGGCAACAAAUGUAAUAAUGGGAGGAGCCAGGAGGCAUCAGAGCAUGGCUCUGUAGAGGGUGAGGGAGCGGCGCAGGAAGUG